CACACAGGGAGGAGGUCUGCUGUCAAACUCAGAGACAGCAGAGUUUGUCCAGCAGACAUAGAUUGAUACAUAGAUAGCUGACAUUGGAGUUUCCUCCAUUUUUUUUCUUCUUUUUCGGUGAAGGAGGAAGGUGUGUGUGAGCUGAUGUGGAUCCAGUGAAUCCAGCAGCAUGGAUCAGUGGGAGGAACCACAGGAGGGAGCCCCUCCCUCUAGAAGCAGAGACGGUAACCAUGACAACCAGAGCAAAGCUCAGAGGAUCCAACCUGGAUCUGAAUCCAGCUGUGGGUCCUUCAGGAGUGACAGAUCAAAGGAUUUACCUAUAACCUUCAAAGUCAUCCAUUCAGGAGUGGAACAAGGUCAACAGGUCACACAGAGAAUCCAGUCUGCAGCCUCCAGCUGUGGAUCCAUGAAGAGUGACUGGUCCAAAGAUGAUCCUCCACUCUUCAGAACUGAACCAGGACCUUCAGACUCACAAGAGAAGAAGAGGAGCGGACUCCAGUCUGCAGAAAGACCCAGAGCUGCAGAUGUCGGUCUGCAGGAGAUGUUUGGAGAACAUCAGAUCAGUCUGAGGAGCAGAAGUGAACAUGUGGCUGAAGGAACUGAAGGAAGAGAAACGCUCCUCAACAGGGUCUACACUGAGCUCUACAUCACAGAGGGACUGAGACCAGAGGCUCACACCCAACAUGAGGUGAUGCAGCUGGAGACCACCACCAAGACCAACAAGCUCUAUGGCACUGCAAUCAAGAACCCCGACAUCUUCAAAGUCCUCCCUGACCAACACAGAUCCAUCAGAGUGGUUCUGACCAGCGGAGUUGCUGGAGCUGGAAAAAGCUUCUCAGUGCAGAAGUUCACUCUGGACUGGGCCGAGGGCUUGGAGAACCAAGACAUCAGUGCUGUGGUUCCUCUGUCCUUCAGGGAGAUGAACUUGAUCAGAGAUGAGCAGCACAGUCUUCUCACUCUGAUCCAGCUGUUCCAUCCAACACUCCAGAAGAUCCCAGCAGAACAGCUGUCUGUCUGCAAACUUCUGUUCAUCUUUGAUGGUCUGGAUGAAAGCAGACUUUCUCUGGACUUCAACAACAGUCCGCUGGUGUCUGAUGUCACACACAAGUCCUCAGUCAACGUGCUGCUCACUAACCUCAUCCAGGGACGUCUGCUGCCCUCAGCUCUGGUCUGGAUCACUUCCAGACCUGCAGCAGCCAAUCAGAUCCUUCCUUCAUGUGUGGACAGACUGACAGAAGUCCGAGGCUUCAAUGAUGCUCAGAAGGAGGAGUAUUUCAGGAGGAGGUUCCCAGAUGAAGAGCUGUCCAGCAGAAUCAUCUCCCACAUCAAGGGCUCCAUGUCCCUCUACAUCAUGUGUGAAGUUCCAGUCUUCUGCUGGAUCACUGCUGUGGUUCUGGAGAACCUGCUGACCUCAGAGCAGAGAGGAGAGCUGCCCACCACCCUGACUGACAUGUACUCCCACUUCCUGAUGGUCCAGACAAAGAGGAAGAAGAACAAGUACCAGCAGGAACAUCAGACAAGUCCACAAGAGCUGACAGAGACUGACAGGGAAGUUCUUCUGAAGCUGGGGAGGCUGGCAUUUGAACAUCUGGAGAAAGGAAACAUCAUGUUCUACCAAGAAGACCUGCAGCAGUGUGGUCUGGAUGUCACAGAGGCCUCAGUGUACUCUGGAGUUUGUACUGAGAUCUUCAUAAGAGAGUGUGAGAUCUUCCAGAAACCGGUCUACAGCUUUGUUCAUCUGAGCGUUCAGGAGUUUCUGGCUGCAGUCUACAUGUUUCACUGUUACUCCAACAGGAAGGUAAAGGUCAUUGAGGAAUUCCUGAAGAACAACAUGGAGAACCCAUCCCUGGAUGAGUAUCUGAGUAGAGUCAUGAAGAAAUCCCUGCAGAGUAAAACUGGACACCUGGACCUGCUGGUUCGAUUCCUUCAUGGUCUCUCUGUGGAGUCCAACCAGAGAGUCUUAGGAGGUCUGCUGGGUCAGACAGAGAAGAAUCCAGGAACCAUCCAGAAAGCCAUCAACAACCUGAAGGAGAUCAACAGUAAAGGACUUUCUCCUGACAGAAGCAUCAACAUCUAUCACUGUCUGAUGGAGAUGAAGGACCUCUCAGUUCAUCAGGAGAUCCAAGAGUUCCUGAAGUCAGAGAACAAAUCAGAGAAGAAACUCUCAGAGAUCCACUGCUCAGCUCUGGCCUACACUCUGCUGAUGUCAGAGGAAGUUCUGGAUGAGCUGAACCUGGACCAGUACAAGACAUCAGAAGAGGGUAAACGGAGACUGAUCCCAGCUGUGAGGAACUGCAGAAAGUUCAGACUUCCACAACGCUGUGGACUCUCAGAGACUCACUGUGAAAUUGUGGCUUCAGCUCUGAAGUCCAACCCGUCCCACCUGACAGAACUGGACCUGACCAACGACAGCCUGAAGAAUAUAUCCAUGGAGGUUCUGUGUUCUGGAUUGGAGAGUCCAAACUGCAGACUGCAGACUCUGAGGUUGAUAGACUGCAGUUUGUCAAAGACCAGCUGUGAACUUCUGGUCUCAGCUCUGAAGAAAAAUCCAUCCAAUCUGACAGAACUGGACCUGAGCUGGAACAAGAACCUGCCGGAUUCAGGAGUUCUUCAUCUAUGUGGUUUUCUGGAGAGUCCAGACUGCAGACUGCAGACUCUGAGGUUGAAGUACUGCAGAUUGUCAGAGUUCAGCUGUAAAGCUCUGGUCUCAGCUCUGAAGAAAAACCCGUCCAAUCUGACAGAACUAGACCUGAGCUGGAACAAGAACAUGAAGGAUUCAGCAUUUCUUCAUAUGUGUGGUUUGCUGGAGAGUCCAGACUGCAGACUACAGAUUCUGAGGUUGAGGGACUGCAGUUUGUUCAAUAUCAACUGUGAAGCUCUGGUUUCAGCUCUGAAGAAAAACCCGUCUAAUCUGACAGAACUGGACCUGAGUAGGAACAAAAACCUGCACUAUUAUGGAGUUCUUGAUCUGUGUGGUUUUCUGGAGAGUCCAGACUGCAGACUGCAGAUUCUGAGGUUGAGGAGCUGCAGUUUGUCAAAGUCCAGCUGUGCUGCUCUGGUCUCAGCUCUGAAGUCCAACCCGUCCCACCUGAUAGAACUGGACCUGAGAGAAAACAGCCUUCAGUUUUCAGAUGUUCAGCAGCUCCAGGAUCUGGUGGAGAGUCCAAACUCCAAACUGCAGACUCUAUGGUUCUGAGGUUCCUACUGGACGGUGUUCCUGGGAGGUGGAGAGCAGAGUGAUGGAGGAAUCAGAGGAAGUGGAGAUGAGUGUCAGAGCUGCAGCAGGAACUGAUCUGAGAUCAGCUCCACUGUCUCUCUCAGCAUCAAAUGGACAGUUAUUGUGCUGCAGCUCCCCUGGUGGACUGAUGGAGAACUGCACUUCCUCUUCUCAUUAUACCUUGGAGUGUUGAUCUGAAACAUGGGUUGGAUUCAGAUGUUCAGCAGCUCCAGGAUCUGGAGAAAAACAGACCUGCAGACAAACAGAUUUUUUUCUAGAUCAUCACUUUUUUCUUUGAUGUACAUUUGAUGAACAAAUGUGAGUUUGGUAUGGACCAAUCAAGGAUUGAGGGAAUCAUUGAUCAGACAGAACAUUUCUGGAUGACAGAUCUAUGUGUGGUUCUGGUUCUGUCUCUGGAACAGGGACAGAACCAGGACUUUGAAUCACAAGAUUCUGGUUCCAGAUUUUUCACACUUUUCUGUUCUCCAGAAACUCUCAUUGACAAACAGAGUUUGCCAACCAGUGCUGUAUGGUAUGCGAUGGAGAUGUUGAUUUCCCUGCGGGAACCUCCCAAAUGGAUAAAUAAAGUUGUCUGUCUAUCUAUCUAGCUAGGUAGCUAGCUAGCGCUAUCAUUUUCAUAGUCAUGAAAAUACAAAAAACCUCUUUGAAUGAGAAGGUGUGUCCAAACCUUUGGUCUGUACUAAAUAUGUGCUGCCAAACAUCUUCAUUGCUUUUUUUUAUGUUAGGAUUUGUGUCAUUUGGGUGGGUGGCAUAGAAGUCAAUGAGACUGUUGGGCUUGAAUGCAUCUUUCAAAACAUCACAGUUCCGUAACUCGGCUAGCUCAAACUGAUAAGAUGGCUGGGCUUCAUCGAUGUCAGCAAAAAAGGGAUUUUGGAAAAGACAGAUUUCUUUUGCAUUGUUACGGCUGUAGCCGUAUUUGAUUUGGAUUUCUUUUUGUUCUGUGUGUUCUGUAUUUCUGUAGCAGAGUGGGACCUCUGUGUUCUUGUGCAUUUUUGUGAUUAUUUCUAGGUGUGCUGGAUAGGGUGUGGCCUCCAUUUGGACCCAGGUUGAUGGAGGCAGCCUUAACCCUUGUGCUAUCCUAGGCACUUUAACAUUGGGAGUGGGUCAUCUAGACCAGGGGUCGGGAACCUUUUUGGCCAAGAGAG